UAUUCGGCUGCUGGUAACUGAUACAGUCGGGCCCUGUUGACGUUUGAAAUUGCAUUUGUGAAAUAGAUUUCGUUAACUAUGCCUACUAUUAAACUCCAGAGCUCCGAUGGAGAGAUAUUUGAAGUGGAUGUUGAAAUUGCAAAACAGUCAGUGACCAUCAAAACUAUGUUGGAAGAUUUGGGAAUGGAUGAUGAAGGAGAUGACGACCCUGUACCUCUGCCUAAUGUGAAUGCCGCUAUACUGAAGAAGGUUAUCCAGUGGUGCACCCACCACAAGGAUGACCCCCCUCCCCCCGAAGACGACGAGAACAAAGAGAAAAGGACAGAUGACAUCCCCGUGUGGGACCAGGAGUUCCUCAAAGUGGACCAGGGGACACUCUUUGAACUCAUUCUGGCUGCAAACUAUUUGGACAUCAAGGGAUUGCUAGAUGUCACAUGCAAGACAGUUGCGAAUAUGAUCAAAGGAAAAACUCCAGAGGAAAUCAGGAAGACGUUCAACAUUAAAAAUGAUUUUACAGAGGAAGAGGAGGCCCAGGUACGCAAGGAGAACCAGUGGUGUGAAGAAAAAUGAGAAUAGUCCUGCCAACACUAACACACUGCAAGGAUUGUUCCAAAUACUGGUUGCACUGCGCUGUUCAUACUUGUUAAUAUUGCAUCAGACAACUAGAGUGGCAGACCCUUGUGUACUUAGCAUGAUCAUUUCCAUUGCUUGUAUGGUGCAGAUAAUUUAAAUGCAUUUUUUUUUCAGUUGCAAAUUUUACAGAGGCUUUUGUCCACUUUACAUUCACAUAUAAUUAACUUUUUUAUUUUCAAAAAUAGAGGCGCCUCUUCUCUCCCCCCCACCCCAGCCCUUCCCUUUAUGAAUGCUUAAGUUGUCUUUUUUACUGGAAACCUUUUUCCUUGAGUUUAAUGAUAGUAUGUUUUCGGAUUUCAUAAUGGAUUAAUGCUGAAUUUUGUAAAUGCUGACUCCUGCAGAUUCAUCUGUGUGCUGUCCUCUUAAAGAAAAAAUUGCAACAAAUAAAUCCAAUAAAUACGAAGUUGUGUAUUAGGACUUUUAGUGCGGAGUAAGUGAAUGCCAGUUAUCACCUGUGGAGUUGUGUUUGAGUGCUUUUCAGCAAAGUAAAUAUGCUGUCACACAUUUUAGUAUUUACUUUAGUUCCAUCCCUGUACAAUAAAGGCAUUCUUGAGUGUAAACGGCUUUGAAGGAUGACAUUUAAGAUUGUCAACAGUGAAAUUCCAGAAAUAAAUUGAUGGAAAAAGCCCACUUUGCCCCUUUGUCUUGAGGGAA